CCAACUGCCAUUUUGUGGCAGAGGCUACUCUGCUAAAGCGGGAGAGGGAUUAAAACAAACUGCGAAGAAGCCUGCGUUUCAUACCAGCCUGUUAAACUUUGUAGCACAGACUCUCUGCUUUCGGCUGAGUUAAACGGGAAGAGAAACACACAAAAAAGAGUUCCUGCCCAGCAUGGACGGAGGGCCAACAGAGGGUGUUGAGGUGGUGGAGGUCCCCGCCAAGGACUUCCCCUCCAUCCAGGCUGUUCACAGCCAGGAUGCCAUGGUGGCUGACCUCCUCCAGCAAGCUGCAGAGGCUGGGGGCGUGGUAGAGGGACAAGCUGGAGUCGUUCUGGAACAAGGUCACGGGGAAGGUAUGGUCGCAGCCACCCAGGCCCAGCAGCAGCUGAUGGAAGCUGGUGUAGGGGUUGGUGUGGAAGGUGGAGCAGGGGUUGAAAUGAUGGUUAUGGACUCACUGGAUCCCACUCUGUUGCAGAUGAAGACUGAGGUGAUAGAUGCUGCAGUGGGGGGAUCAUCAGCGACAGUGGGUGUUGUUGGAGGGGUAGCAGGUGCUGCUCACCAGGCCACUGUGACAACAGUGGAUCAGACUCAAAUCAUCACACUACAGGUAGUAAACAUGGAAGAGCAGGCGGCUCUGGGUCUGGGGGAGCUACAGCUGGUCCAAGUGCCUGUGUCUGCUUCCACCGUGGAGGCCCUUCAGCAAGGCACCUUUGUAGACACCACUGCUAUGCCAAAGGACGGCGACCCGGUCAUCUGCCACACUCUGCCGCUCCCUGAGGGUUUUCAGGUAGUGAAGGUUGGAGCUAAUGGGGAGGUGGAGACAGUCGAGCAGGAGGAAGAGGGAGAAGAAGCUCACCGUGAAGAGGAGGAAGAUGAGGACGUGGGAAACCAGCUGCUGGAAGAAGGGGAGGAUGAGCCCAUUCAACCUCCCAAUGACGACCCAAACUGGGCUAAAGACCCAGACUAUCAGCCCCCACCUGGAGCUCUCAAGAAGACCAAAAAGGGUAAAAAGAGUCGCCUGCGUUACGCUGAAGGAGACAAGGACAUGGAUGUUAGUGUUUAUGACUUUGAAGAGGAACAACAGGAGGGCCUUUUGUCUGAGGUCAACGCCGAGAAAGUGGUGGGCAACAUGAAACCACCCAAACCCACCAAGAUUAAGAAGAAAGGAGUGAAGAAGACAUUUCAGUGUGAGCUGUGUAGCUACACGUGCCCCCGACGCUCCAAUCUGGACAGACAUAUGAAGAGCCACACUGACGAGAGGCCUCAUAAAUGUCAUCUAUGUGGAAGAGCCUUCAGGACCGUCACCCUGCUAAGAAACCAUCUCAACACACACACCGGGACUCGUCCACACAAGUGCACAGACUGUGAUAUGGCUUUUGUGACAAGUGGAGAGCUGGUUCGUCAUCGACGCUACAAACACACACAUGAGAAACCCUUCAAAUGCUCCAUGUGUGACUAUGCCAGUGUGGAGGUGAGCAAACUAAAGCGUCACAUUCGUUCCCACACUGGCGAGCGUCCAUUCCAGUGCAGUCUUUGCAGCUAUGCCAGCAGAGACACAUACAAGCUGAAGAGACACAUGAGGACACACUCAGGAGAGAAACCUUAUGAGUGCUACAUCUGCCAUGCCCGAUUCACCCAGAGUGGAACCAUGAAGAUGCACAUUCUGCAGAAACACACGGAGAAUGUGGCCAAAUUCCACUGUCCACACUGUGACACCGUCAUCGCACGCAAGAGUGACUUAGGUGUUCAUCUUCGUAAGCAGCACUCAUUUAUUGAGACUGGAAAGAAGUGUCGUUACUGCGACGCCGUUUUCCACGAGCGCUACGCUCUGAUCCAACAUCAGAAGUCCCAUAAGAAUGAGAAGAGGUUCAAAUGCGACAUGUGUGACUACUGCUGCCGCCAGGAGCGCCACAUGGUGAUGCAUCGUCGCACCCACACCGGAGAGAAACCAUAUGCCUGCAGCCAGUGUGAAAAGACAUUCAGACAGAAGCAGUUGCUUGACAUGCACUUCAAACGCUACCAUGACCCCAACUUUGUCCCUACUGCCUUUGUCUGCCCCAAAUGCAGUAAGACCUUCACUCGCAGGAACACCAUGGCACGCCACUCUGAGAACUGCAGUGGUGAGGUGGAGGAUGCCGAAAACGGAGCUCCAACCCCGAAGAAAGGAAGGAGAGGAAGAAAGAGGAAGAUGAGGAGCAGGAGAGAUGACGAUGACAGCGAGGAGGAUCACGUCGAACCAGACGAGGAGGAGGACGAGGGUGAGGGUGAGGAAGAGUCGUCAUUGCUGCAGGAAGAGGAGGAGGCAGAAAGCAUGGAACUGGACCAGGCACCUGCCGCCAUCCCAGUACCAGCUCCAGAUGAGCCACCGGUCAAGAGGAAACGAGGCCGGCCCCCGAAGAAUGCCCCCAAGCCUCCAACACCCAGCAAGUCAGUCCGGGUGGCUGCCAAGACGACUGCUUCUGCGGCUGCCAUCAUUCAGGUGGAGGAUGAGAGCACCGGAGCAGUGGAGAACAUUAUAGUGAAGAAAGAGGAUGGCGACACCUCUGCAGCUACACCUCUGGAACAGGGGGUGGCCCUGACUGUGGAGGGGGUGGGGCUGGACGGGGAAGGGGUGGAGACUGUUGAGCUGGCUGUGAAUGAGGAGACAGCGGCAGCCGCCGCCGCCAACGGAGAUCUGACACCAGAGAUGAUCCUCAGCAUGAUGGACCGGUGAACACGCCACGCACAUGUAGCCGGACUAUAAGUAAAAUUGGCAAACACACAUUAAUCACAUCUACAUCCUUGGCCUUCACCUGAUGGCAGCCAUUUUGCCUCCAUUGAAGUGGCUGCAAAAAAUGGUGGCAGUAAAAACAACCAUGUACAAAGAAGGGAAGCCGCAUGUCAAUAAUUAUACACAGUAACUUCACAUCCAUAUGCAUCAACCUGCACACUGAUGUUUGUGGGUCUCAUGCACACACACAAAACACCAAAUCCCACUGCACAUACACGCGUCAUCUCCCACACCAUAUGCAGAUAUCGUCCAAGCUAAUGACAGAUUGCUCUCUGCUCUUAAAUGCUUUUUUUCUUAUUCUUUUUCGGUUUGAAUGUCUUCUGGAUGAAUCAUUGUGUAUUUUGCUACUUGUUUCUACCCAAAGCCACAUCCUGUGUCAGUCUCUACCCACACGCCGCAGUUAAUGUUCAGCUCCUCUGUGUUACUCUGCCAAAAGGAGACAUUAGGUGAUCUACCUUCACUUCUCACUUCGAUUCUCUGCUGUCGUGCUUGCUGUUCUUGCAACUAUGCUGAUUUUUGCCAAUUCUAAGCCUUUGUACGUGUAUAUAUCGAUAUAAAUGUAGUUUUUUCCAAUGAAACAUAGUAUAUGGUACUUGAGUUUGCCUCUGAGAUACCACUUGCGCUCAGUCAUAUGAUCUGUAUAUUUUUCCCCAAUGUAUGAUUCUCCUUCUUGGCCGGUGUAAACACAUGGUCCAUGUUGUGGUGUUAUUAGCUGGAAGUUUGUCAACAGAGGCUUUUGUAGUAAGACAUUAACUGAAGGAUUUUUCUUUAUACAUGAGCAAAUGGGCAGAGGCAGACACAGUCAGACGAACUGAAGUCAGUGAUAACUGUUUUUCAGCUUCCUCGUUCAUUUGUUGGACAUCCACACUGCCAGCACCCAACCUUGUUCUAAUGGAAACGUGCCCUCAGUCAGCUCGUACAAAUGAAAUACUUGAGAAUUUCGUGUCCCACCACCGACGUAGUUUGACAUGAAGUUAGUUUUUCAACUGUUUUCAUACUUUCUCCUACCUAUCACUGAUGGACAGUUGUGUCGUUCAUAGCUCAUGUUCCUCCUGUUCCUCAUUUGAAAAGGAGAAAGUAGAUAGUUAACCAUGACAUUAACUGACUGAUCCCUACCAGUUGGAGAAAGUACAGAUAAUCCUCAUUCAGUUGGUGAAACCUUGUACUAUAAUUGUGAUUCUGAACAUUCCAAACACUUAAUUAACUUGGAAUUAUGUCUAUGCAUUUGAAUCAUCUCACUUGAAGUAACCAGCAGUAACAAACAUUGUUUUGCAAGGUAAUACCAGCUGCUCCUUAUGUUUCCUUUAAAUGUAUUCACUUCCCAGCUCAUACUGUACUUGGAACUAUUUUUAGAGGCCAGAAUGUGGAUCAUUGCUUCAUGAGACCCCCCAAAAUAAUCAGUGAUCACCAACAGUGGCAGGUGGUUUGCAUGUAAAUACACAUUUGAAACCCUUUGCUUUUUGAUUUAUUGCGAACCUUUUUAAUGUUUUUAAACAGCUGAUUUGGAGAUGAUGUGUUGGUUAAAAGGGACAUUAAGGUUUUCAUUGAUAUGGUGAACGUGUCUGUGCCAUACCUGGCACUCCAUGUCCUGAGUCUGUAAAGGUGAUUUGCAAAAUGACCUUUCAAUCAUGCUUUCCUUCCACAGGCGAGUCCCUCUUAACCAGCCAAACUGAAUUGUGAACCACUAUCAUUAAUCUGUCUGUAUUCUGUUGCUCAUAGCCAUUUUGUAUCUGCUUUGAUACCAUUUUACAGUUAUUUUCUGGCCAUUUUGUAGUUUGCAUUUCUUUGUGGUUAGCUCAGUUCAGUAGUGUGACAGAAGCUUUGUCAGAGACAAAAGUGUUUGGCACCCAAUCUAAAACCUUGUACUGAAUGAAGUUCAGCUAGUAAACUGUAUGUAACAACAACAAAACGGCCUUCUUAUUCUUUUUUUUCUCAUUCUUUUUUAAAAAGGAUGGCAGUUUUGGAUGCUGUGUAUUUUGUUUGCUGUACUAUGUUUACUUACGUAAUCAAGAUCAGCCCCAGACUAAGGCCUUUUUAACCUAAGUGUUGCAGUUCCACUAGCCCUGAGCUUUCAUUCGGUGUCCAUUUGCAUCCAGUACUAAGGUAUGUUUGCCUGGGAUAGUCACUGAAUGAAAGUUAUCCCUGAUUUUAUUAACAUAGCACAGGGUAAAGUUAGAACACUUAUGCUUUCAGUCCACUGAAGAUGUUAAUCCUUACACUAGGGCUUAAAGGUCUAAAGUGACAGUUAGACCAUAAGUUAUGGUGUGGCCUUCCCUUUAUUACAGCAGGACCUGUUGUUGCCAGAUGGAACAAAUUUCAUUUGUAACAUAACUCCGGUUAAAUGUCCGGUAUUUUAAGAACAGGCUGUAAGGAACAAUGGACGCAGAAAUGGUCACACAAAGAUAGUCGUGCCAAGAUCCUGAAAGGAAAUCAAUGUUCAUGAAUGGAAUGGACACUUUUGUGGUUGUCAUUCAGAAACAUCAGUUUUGUGACUGCCGUGGUCUGAGUCUCAUUCUAUAAAACAAGAAAGAACGAAAUGCUUUGUUCUCUAUCAUGGUAUUGUUCUGCGGACGGAUGGAAGAUGGAUGUUGGACUGUUCUCACGGCAACAGCUUUGGGUUUUUUGUUUUGUUUCAACAUUGCUUGUUUGUGUUGACAGAAGAACUGAAAACAGUUUUAAGAUGGUUUUAAACAUGCCCUGUUUGAAGACCAUAAAAACAGAAGAAACCUUUCUCAUGUCAUUUUUGAAGAUAAGCUACUGUACAGCUGAUGACAAAUAAAAUCCUCCUAAUGGC